UCUUUCAACAUCAAAAGCAAAUAAAAAACUGUCGGCAAAACUAUCUUUAACUAAUAUUUCUUUCACUCUUCUUUCAACUUCAUCUACACCUUUUUUUCCAAAAAAAAAUUACCUACACCUUCCGGAACAAGUGGUGGCGCCGCCAGUUAGCACAAUGCAGCGCGGCUGUGGGUUCACCGAGGUUGUCACAUUGUGUUUCGUCUUGUUGUUGGAGUGUCUAAAGGUGGCUGGUAAGAUCUCUACUCCACAUAAUGUUACCGACCUACAUUGGCAUCCAGCCACCGCCACUUGGUACGGCAGUCCCAACGGUGAUGGAAGCGACGGCGGAGCAUGUGGGUACGGAUCGUUAGUCGACGUGAGGCCGCUGAAGGCCAGAGUGGGAGCGGUGAGCCCGGUGCUGUUCAAGAACGGAGAAGGGUGUGGAGCUUGCUACAAAGUUAAGUGCCUAGACAAGAGCAUAUGCUCAAAGAGGCCGGUGACCAUCAUUGUAAUGGACAGGAGCCCUACGGGGCCUGGCGUCAUCGGCCGCACCCACUUCGAUCUAAGCGGUGCAGCCUUUGGCCACAUGGCUGUACGCGGUCGGAGUGUGCAGCUCAGGAACCGAGGUGUACUCCGAGUCUCGUAUAGAAGGACCCCGUGUAAAUAUCCAGGGAAGAGUAUUGCAUUCCAUGUUAAUGCUGGUUCAACUGCCUAUUGGCUAUCUCUUUUGAUUGAAUUUGAGGAUGGAGAUGGAGAUAUUGGGUCAAUGCACAUAAGGGAAGUAAAUUCUAAUGAAUGGUUAAAGAUGGAUCAUCUAUGGGGAGCAAAUUGGAACAUAAAUGGGGGGCCUUUGAAGGGACCAUUCUCAGUGAAACUAACAACAUUAUCAACAAGAAGAACACUGUCUGCAAGGGAUGUGAUUCCCAGAAAUUGGAUGCCCAAAGCGACUUACACUUCUCGCCUUAACUUCCUCUGAGUCUUGGCCCGUCACAAUAAGGGAACUAAGCUUAUGUCUUGUCACAUGAUGCCAAAAGUAUUCCUUGUCCCCCUUUGUAUUUAAAAGAAAAAGGUUAGCUGAUAAUAACACCCAAGGGCUCUUUCUUUUUCUUUUUUCCAAGAUAGUUUCCUCUACUUUUGCGUGCCAAGGUCUUGUAGCCCUCUCCAAAGGAGAGACUGCUUUAGUGCGUUGUUAAAUGUCAUUUAUGUUUGGAUAAUGCAAGUUUCUGCUUCUGUUGGCUUUUAACUUUUAA